GAGUCCCGGAUGUCUUUUACGCCGGAAGAGAAGCGCGAGUCUUUUCCAGCCAUCUUGUGGCAUCUCGCAGCGCAGUGCUCGCUCAAGCCCCGUAGAAUCGGAGGAGAAUCCUGCUGAAAGGGGGCCAUCAUGCCCGGACAUCUGCAAGAAGGUUUCUGCUGUGUCGUAACCAAUCGGUUCGAGCAGCUAUUUGAUGAUGAAGAGGAUCCGUUUGAGCUGUUAAAGCAGGCAGAAAAGAAGGACGCGACCGCUCCUGGUGCCGCCAAGACCGCAGCGCAGGCUGCAAAGCAGUCCAAAAAGGAGUCACAGAAAGAAAGAAGGAACCCAGCUCCCGAGAAGAAGGAAGAGACACAAGCUCCCGUUCCUCUCAAGAAAGAUGGCAUGAGGAAAAUGGGCCGCCGACCGGAGCAGCAGGGUCAGCCAGGAUCCCAGCCGCAGGGAGGUCAGGGGGAGGGUCGUCCACCAGCCGACAGGCGACCUGACAGGAGGCCACCACGUGAACGACGCUUUGACAAACCCGCUGAUGAAAAACCUGAUGAAGGUGGAGAAUUCUCAGUGGAAAAGUCUGUCAGUGACAGGCCGUUCCGGGGUCGUGGAGGUGCCAGAGGAGGACGCGGAGGCCGGGGCAGAGGUGUUGGCAGGACUGACGGCUUUGACUCUCGCGGCAAACGCGAGUUUGACAGACACAGCGGUAGCGACCGAUCCAGCCUGAAAGAGGAAAAACGUGGAGGGAGUGGAUCUCAUAACUGGGGCACUGUUAAGGAUGAGUUGAGCGAGCUUGACCAGUCAAAUGUCACUGAGGACACCCCUGAAAGAGAGGAGCACCCACCUGCUGACUCGGAGAACAAGGAGAAUGAGGUUGAGGAGGUUAAAGAAGAUGGUGCUAAGGAGAUGACUCUGGAUGAAUGGAAAGCCCAGCAGAGUAAAGAGAGAGCCAAAGUGGAAUUCAACAUUCGUAAGGCCAAUGAGGGAGCCGAUUGGAAGAAAGGAUACGUUCUGCACAAGUCUAAGGCUGAGGAUGCCUCUGCUGAUGAUGCCGCUGGGGAUCACCACUUCCGUAAACCAGCUAAUGACAUUACAUCUCAGCUGGAGAUUAACUUUGGGGACCUGGGCCGCACAGGACGUGGUCGUGGAGGACCACGAGGUGGCAGAGGAGGCCGUGGAGCUGUUGCUGCUACCAGGCCACCUCGCGAACGCAGGCCAGACAAGGCCGGUGGAGUGUCUGUCCCUAACGUGGAUGACCCAGAGGCUUUCCCAGCCCUGGCUUAAGCUGCCAGACGGCACGCUCUGCUCACCCAGGAGGAUCACUCCUCCACGGGUCCUUGUCUACGAGGCUUGCAUGCUAAUGGAUCCUUCAGCAGAUGAAAUGAUGGAAGACUGUCAUCCAUGCCAUUCACCCCCGAGGACUGAUUUU